UAAUCGAAGAAGAAGACAUUUUAAGAAGAAGAAGAAAAAGACGAAGUUGAUGUUUGGUCGAAUCCAGAAAGUCAUAUCCAAACAAUUAUUUAAGUAUUCGACACAACUUUCCUUAUUACGGAUUUCAAGAACAGUCACUUCUAAAAUGUCUUUCCAGUAUCCAAAUGCUUACCGUGACGAGGCAGUUGUAAGUAAGAGGCUAGCUAGUCAUGCCGCUUUCAAGUGAAUGGGGAGGAGCUAGCCACUUGCUAGCUUGCCAUGAUGUACCGGUACUUGCUAACUAGCUAGUCGUCUUUGUUUAGUUGGAUAGCUUGAGGCUACUAAAAUAAGUUGGCAUUUGAACACAUGCACAUUGCUAGCUAGCUAGCUAGCUAGCUAGCUAUGAACCGAGUUCGCAAGCUAACAAAUGAACGCUAGCUAGCUAACUGUUAGCUUGUAGCAUAAUGUUACCGGCAUGGAUAACCAAACCUCAAAUGAAUGAGCCAGUUAGCUAGGCUUCGUUCGCCUUUUGUUGGCUUUGUUUCAUGUUAGCUAGCUGCUAGCAAAGCUUUUGCAUAGGCUAGCUAGCAAGCUAACCUUAGCUCUGUCAUGUUAUCACAUAACAUCCAGCAGCAAAUGAUGAAUGAUCAAAGUUGUUGGCUGACAGCUGCCGCACAUUCUGGAUUUCACCUGGUUGUUAUUUCUUACAGGUGGAUGACUACCAUGGCAAUAAGAUUCCAGACCCGUACAGUUGGCUGGAGGACCCAGACAGCGAGAAGACGCAGGUAAACGCCCAUCUGCCAUUCAUUCACCACUGGUUGUUUUAUCAGCUGGUUUAGGUCAGGGAGUCCUUAGUCGGUGUCAACUUGGUGACAGAAAUUCUGAUAAUUCUCAUUAAUUUGUAUAUUAUUACUUUUAUCAAGGGAUAAUAAAGUUAGCUGAGUUGGUCACUGUAGAUUUUGUGCCACUGCCAACACCCCCCCACAAUCAAGGACAAAGACUGAAAUUACAUUUGAGUCACCAACUAAAAUGUCCAAACAGUAUUGACAUAGGCUACUGACACAGUAGAUAAGGUUGCAACCAGCACCACCUUCUGUGAAUUAGUGGUCAUUGCAGUGAUGUUGAUAUGGCUUGUUUCUUCCCAGGCUUUUGUCAAUGCUCAGAACCAGCUGACACUGCCCUACCUGGAGCGCUGUGAGGUGCGGGAGCUGUUCAAGGAGCGCAUGACGGAGCUCUAUGACUACCCCAAAUACAGCUGCCCCUUCAAGAGGGGGAGUAGGUGAGAGAGAGAGAGCGAGAGAGAGAAGGGCUGGGGUUGGGUCAAGGUUAGCCAGCAGAUCCGACCCGCUUCCUUACAGCUGCACUAGGGUCAGACAGCCUUCCUUUGUAAAUUAAGGAACUGCAGAGCCAGCGCGAGAUGUGGCUCGGAAAAUGUCCCUCAAUCCAGGGAUGAGAAAUGUAUUGUGCUCCGCAUUUUCCCAUUAUCCCAACUGCUACACUGAGAAGAUUGAACGUCUGCUAGUUUUCCGGAAAACUGUCAUUUUCGUCCUCAUGCUAGGUAGCAGAAGCCACAGCAGCCAUUCCAACCCUAGUGCAGCUGGUCAUGUUCAUUAGGGCAUGUAACACAUUUUUUUUUUUACAUUCUGCAACAGGAAAAUGAGGAUUUCUUAUUGGACAACUCCAGAGGUUUAUUCAGUAGAAACCCAACAGAAGCAAACAAUCAAAUCUGCUUCUAAAUGUUUUCCGUUAAGAAAAAUGAUGAAUACACCCCAAGUAGGCCCUCCCCGUUUGGUUCCUUGUGAGGGGGCUUUCACACCAAAUUGGUUUGGUGCGUCUUUUCCGAACUCUGGUGCGUUUACCCCCUUAUUUUGCUUCGAUUGGACUGGUGUGAACACUGCACUCGGGAGCGCACUAAACAAUGCACCGUGAUUCGCUCACAAAGGGUAGUCUCGGUCCGAUUCAAUUCGUACCGUGGUGCGGUUCGCUGCAGGUGAGAAUGCAGUCCGGACCAAACAGAGAAAUAACCAGAGUCGCGCAUCAUUAUUGGUUGUUUGACUGCGAACAUUUGAUGAAAUGCGCACAGCAUCAUAACGUGAGAUCUCUGAAACAUUCUGAAAGCAGCAGCGCAUCCUAUGCAGAUUAGGGGAGAUGGGGGCUAUACCGGGGAUAUAGGCUAUUGACUAUAGCCUAUUCACGUCGCAGUUAGAGCGUCUAUUGCGCUGUUUCCUCCCGCAUGUUGUUGGAAGAUCAAAGCGAAAGUAAUUGAUAAUCAUGAAUGGAUUUAACUUGAUCAAUUUUGCCCAAGAAACAAAAUAUAAUAAUAAUAAUAUAAUAUGCCAUUUAGCAGAUGCUUUUAUCCAAAGCGACUUAGUCAUGUGUGCAUACAUUUGACUUGCAUGGACAUGUGGUUUUGUUUCGGAAUUUUUGUUAGUUUGACAUUUUGGCGAUGUGAAGCCAACUGAACUAAAUAUAAAUAAUACAAAGUAACAAAUAGUCGAACUCUGAUUCGGACUGUAGCUCAAAACUGUGUGAAAACGCCUUAAGAGGUUCAGGGGGACUUGUCUCUUGGAAUACUGGAUAGUGCAGUUCCAUUGGUGUCAGGCUCACAUUCUUGUUCCCCUCUGCAGGUAUUUCCACUUCUACAACACAGGUCUCCAGAACCAGAGUGUGAUGUAUGUUCAGGAGAGCCUGGAGGCAGAGCCCACAGUCUUUCUGGACCCAAACACUUUCUCUGAGGACGGGACUGUCGCUUUACAAGGUGGGGGACUGAAAUGUGUUCAAACAAUAUUAUUGACAAUACUAUACAGAUGGCCAUUGUCUUCAUUAUAUGUUCUCUCUAUUAACAAUCAAUGCGUGGCGCUGACAUUACACUAUGUAGUCUAGCCGGGCAUGCAAGGCUAUAUGAUGUGUAUAUACAGUGCCUUCAGAAAGUAUUCACACCCCUUGACUUUUUCCACAUUUUGUUGUGCUACAGCCUGAAUUUAAAAUGGAUUCAUUUGAGAUUUGUCACUGGCCUACACACAAUACCCCAUAAUGUCAAAGUGGAAUUAUGUUUUUUGAAAGUUGAGCAGUGAAUUUCAAACAGAGAUUCAACCACAAAGACCAGGGAUGUUCUCCAAUGCCUCACAAAGAAGGGCACCGAUUGGUAGAUGUGUAAAAAAAAUUAAACGAAAAACAGACAUUGAAUAUCCCUUUGAGCAUGGUGAAAUUAUUAAUUACACUUUGGAUGGUGUAUCAAUACACCCAGUCACUACAAAGAUACAGGCGUCCUGCCUAACUCGGUUGUAGAGAGGAAGGAAACUGCUCAGGGAUUUCACCGUGAGGCCAAUGGUGACACACGGCUAUUUCAACCACACCCAUUGCUGACAGGUGUAUAAAAUCGAGCACACCGCCAUGCAAUCUCCAUAGACAAACAUUGGCAGUAGAAUGGCCCGUACUGAAGAGCUCCAAAUCAUGUCCAAUCAGUUGAAUAUACCACAGGUGGACUUCAAUCAAGUUGUAGAAACAUGUCAAGGAUAAUUAAUGGAAACAGGAUGCACCUGGUAAGGUAUUUCUGUUUUUUAUUUUUAAUACAUUAGCAAAAAUGUCUAAACCUGUUUUCACUUCGUCAUUAUGGGGUAUUGUGUGUAGAUUGGUGAGGAAAAACAUUUAUUUAAUCUGCACAGGAUCGGUACCGCCGAACAUCACCGCCGAACAACCUGUCAUUGCAGACAGGUACAGGAUGGCAACAACAACUGCCCGAGUUACUCCAUUUGACAUUUUUACAUUUACACCAGGAACGCACAAUCCCUCCAUCAGUGGCCAGACUGUCCGCAAUAGGCUGAGAGAGGCUGGACUGAGGGCUUGUAGGCCUGUUGUAAGGCAGGUCCUCACCAGACAUCACCGGCAACAACGUCGCCUAUGGGCACAAGCCCACCGUCGCUGGACCAGACAGGACUGGCAAAAAGUGCUCUUCACUGACGAGUCGCAGUUUUGUCUCACCAGGGGUGAUGGUUGUAUUCGCGUUUAUCGUCGAAGGAAUGAGCGUUACACCGAGGCCUGUACUCUGGACCGGGAUCGAUUUGGAGGUGGAGGGUCCAUCAUGGUCUGGGGCGGUGUGUCACAGCAUCAUCGGACUAAGCUUGUUGUCAUUGCAGGCAAUCUCAACGCUGUGCAUUACAGGGAAGACAUCCUCCUCCCUCAUGUGGUACCCUUCCUGCAGGCUCAUCCUGACAUGACCCUCCAGCAUGACAAUGCCACCAGCCAUACUGUUCGUUCUGUGCGUGAUUUCCUGCAAGAAAGGAAUGUCCGUGUUCUGCCAUGGCCAGCGACGAGCCCGGAUCUCAAUCCCAUUGAGCACGUCUGGGACCUGUUGGAUCGAAGGGUGAGGGCUAGGGCCAUACCCCCCCAGAAAUGUCUGGGAACUUGCAGGUACCUUGGUGGAAGAGUGGGGUAACAUCUCACAGCAAGAACUGGCAAAUCUGGUGCCGUCCAUGAGGAGGAGAUGAACUGCAGUACUUAAUGCAGCUGGUGGCCACACCAGAAAUUGACUUUUGAUUUUGACCCCCCCCCCCCUUUGUUCAGGGACACAUUAUUCAAUUUAUGUUAGUCACGUGUCUGUGGAACUUGUUCAGUUUAUGUCUGUUGAAUUUUAUGUUCAUACAAAUAUUUACACAUGUUAAGUUUGCUGAAAAUAUAUGCAGUUGACAGUGAGAGGACGUUUCUUUUUUUGCUGAGUUUUGUUUUGUUCAGUAAACUUGCGGGUCCAAAUAAAAUCACCUUUGGGCAAAAUUCGGGCCGCGGACCACCAGUCGGGGAAUCCUGGCAUAGGCUAACUCAUUUGCCCCUGCUCUCCGCUGUCUCCUUAUGUCUUCACUAUAGAAGUGUUUUCAAUAACUUCCUUGUUUUAAAUCAAGUUCUGUCGAUCUCCUCAGGCUAUGCGUUCUCGGAGGACGGCGAAUACCUGGCGUAUGGCACCAGCGCCAGCGGCUCGGACUGGGUGGAGAUGCGCUUCCUGCGGGUGGAGGGGGCCGUGGCCCUCAAGGACAAACUAGAGAGGGUUAAGUUCAGCUGCAUGUCCUGGACCCACGAUGGCAAGGGCCUCUUCUACAACUCCUACCCUAAGCAGGAGGGCAAGAGCGACGGUGAGCAUCCUUGAUACGUAGAUACACACUGAACAAAAAUAUAAACGCAACAUGUAAAGUGUGGGUCCCAUGUUUCAUGAGCUGAAAUAAAAGAUCCCAGAAAUGUUCCAUACUCUCAAAAAGCUUAUCUCAAAUUUUGUGCACAUUUGUUUACGUCCCUGUUAGUGAGCAUUUAUCCUUUGCCAAGGUAAUCCAUCCACCUGACAGGCGUGGCAUAUCAAGAAGCUGAUUAAACAGCAUGAUCAUUACACAGGUGUACCUUGUGCUGGGAACAAUAAAGGGCCACUCUAAAAUGUGGGAGCAUGCAACUGGCAUGCUGACUGCAGGAAUGUCCACCAGAGCUGUUGCCAGAGAAUGUAAUCUUAAUUUCUCUACCAUAAACCGCCUCCAACGUCAUUUUAAUGAGUUUGGCAGUACGUCCAACCGACGUCACAAUCGCAGACCACGUGUAUGGCGUUGUGUGGGCGAGCGGUUUGCUGAUGUUAAAGUUGUGAACAGAGUACCCCAUGGUGGCGGUGGGGUUAUGGUAUGGGCAGGCAUAAGCUACUGACAACGAACACAGUUGCAUUUUAUCGAUGGCAAUUUGAAUGCACGAGAUCCUGAGGCUCAUUGUCGUGCCAUUCAUCCGCCGCCAUCACAUCAUGUUUCAGCAUGAUAAUGACUAAAAUGUAAAUGUAAUAAUGCACAGCCCAUGUCGCAAGGCUCUGUACACAAUUCCUGGAAGCUGAAAAUGUCCCAGUUUUUCCUUUGGCUGCAUACUCCGCAGACAUGUCACCCAUUGAGCAUGUUUUGCUCUGGAUCGAAGUGUACGACAGCGUGUUUCAGUUCCAGCCAAUAUCCAGCAACUUUGCACAGCCAUUGAAGAGGAGUGGGACAACAUUCCACAGGCCACAAUCAACAGCCUGAUCAACUCUUUGCGAAGGAGAUGUCACGCUGCAUGAAGUAAAUGGUGGUUACACCAGAUAUUAACUGGUUUUCUGAUCCAUGCCCCUACCUUAAAAUGUAUUUAAUUUUUUUAUCUGUGAACAACAGAUGCAUAUCUGUAUUCCCAGUCGUGAUUAGGGCCUAAUUUAUUUAUUUCAAUUGACUGAUUUCCUUACAUGAACUGUAACUCAGUAAAAUUGGAAAUUGUUGCAUGUUUUUUUUUUUUUUUGUUCAGUAUAAUAUGUUAGGUUCUUCACAUCGCCACAAGGGGUACAUUAACACCUCUGUCUCUCUCUCCUCAUCCUCUAGGCACUGAGACGUCCACCAACCUGCACCAGAAGCUCUACUUUCACGUGUUGGGGACCCCCCAGUCCCAGGACUGCCUGUGUGCGGAGUUCUCCGACCACCCCAAGUGGAUGAGCGGUGUCGAGGUAGGAUGGAGUCACUAUUACUAAACGCUCCCCAACAGACAGGUGGGUGCUUGACUUGCUAUAUCUAGCAAACUGUUUUAACACAGCCAUGGUUCUAAGCUUAAAUAGGCACUCAAGCAGAAAUAACAUUAUUUGAGUAGUAAUGUCGUAAUCUUUAAUGUAAGUAAUAUUUUCUGUUCACUUAGCAUCCACACCAAUCCUGUUCCCCUCUACACUCACGAGGAGAGACAGUUUUGCUAUGUAACAAUUUCUCUGAUACUUUAUUUGGGUUAGGGUUAGCGGCAGAGUGUUGUGGUCAGAGUGCUUGACCAGUGUCGCUCUCUCCAGGUGUCCGAUGACGGGCGCUACGUGCUGCUGUCCAUCAGGGAGGGCUGUGACCCGGUCAACCGGCUGUGGUACUGCGACCUCCAAACCACUCCUCAGGGCAUCACAGGUACCCCUAACAUUCAUAAUCAAUUAUUGUAAUAACAGGUACCCCUCGCCCAAAACGAUGAAAGGUCACUGGUUCUGCUGUAGCUUCCUGAAAUCAAGUAAAAAAUAAAAUAAAACAUUUCACAGUAAAAUAACAAUAACGAGGCUAUAUACAGGCGGUACCGAGCCAAUGUGCGGGGGUACAGGUUAGUCGAGGUAAUUUGUACAAGUUGGAUAGGGUAUUAAAGUGACUGCAUUUGACAUGCUGGUAGAAAUUAGGUGAAAAUUGACAUUUAAUGACUUUGUGGGGGGUUUCUUUGACUGUUAUUUCCAGCGUUAUCCAUUGGGUUUGCUGCAGGCAGGAAAUCCUAGGAAAUGCUCUUUAAUUGACACAAGCUGUCUCCAAUCAUUAAAUGUGUACUUUUACAUGAAUGUUUAGUGGGGGGGAACACCUAAACCAGGGGAGGCAUAGCAUACGAAUCUUAAUUGCACAAAACCUAUUAUUUGGCAGGGAAUACUAUUUGUAGAGCAGUGAUUCUACACCUCGCUUUGCUCAAGCUGAUCCUCUCCAAAAGACUCAAUCCUUGAUCAUCGGAGGUUAUAUACAGUGGGGGAAAAUAGUAUUUAGUCAGCCACCAAUUGUGCAAGUUCUCCCACUUAGAAAGAUGAGAGAGGCCUGUAAUUUUCAUCAUAGGUACACGUCAACUAUGACAGACAAACUGAGAAUUUUUUCCAGAAAAUCACAUUGUAGGAUUUUUUAUGAAUUUAUUUGCAAAUUAUGGUGGAAAAUAAGUAUUUGGUCAAUAACAAAAGUUUCUCAAUACUUUAUUAUAUACCCUUUGUUGGCAAUGACACAGGUCAAACGUUUUCUGUAAGUCUUCACAAGGUUUUCACACACUGUUGCUGGUAUUUUGGCCCAUUCCUCCAUGCAGAUCUCCUCUAGAGCAGUGAUGUUUUGGGGCUGUCGCUGGGCAACACGGACUUUCAACUCCCUCCAAAGAUUUUCUAUGGGGUUGAGAUCUGGAGACUGGCUAGGCCACUCCAGGACCUUGAAAUGCUUCUUACGAAGCCACUCCUUCGUUGCCCGGGCGGUGUGUUUGGGAUCAUUGUCAUGCUGAAAGACCCAGCCACGUUUAAUCUUCAAUGCCCUUGCUGAUGGAAGGAGGUUUUCACUCAAAAUCUCACGAUACAUGGCCCCAUUCAUUCUUUCCUUUACACGGAUCAGUCGUCCUGGUCCCUUUGCAGAAAAACAGCCCCAAAGCAUGAUGUUUCCACCCCCAUGCUUCACAGUAGGUAUGGUGUUCUUUGGAUGCAACUCAGCAUUCUUUGUCCUCCAAACACGACGAGUUGAGUUUUUACCAAAAAGUUAUAUUUUGGUUUCAUCUGACCAUAUGACAUUCUCCCAAUCCUCUUCUGGAUCAUCCAAAUGCACUCUAGCAAACUUCAGACGGGCCUGGACAUGUACUGGCUUAAGCAGGGGGACACGUCUGGCACUGCAGGAUUUGAGUCACUGGCGGCGUAGUGUGUUACUGAUGGUAGGCUUUGUUACUUUGGUCCCAGCUCUCUGCAGGUCAUUCACUAGGUCCCCCGUGUGGUUCUGGGAUUUUUGCUCACCGUUCUUGUGAUCAUUUUGACCCCACGGGGUGAGAUCUUGCGUGGAGCCCCAGAUCGAGGGAGAUUAUCAGUGGUCUUGUAUGUCUUCCAUUUCCUAAUAAUUGCUCCCACAGUUGAUUUCUUCAAACCAAGCUGCUUACCUAUUGCAGAUUCAGUCUUCCCAGCCAGGGGCAGGUCUACAAUUUUGUUUCUGGUGUCCUUUGACAGCUCUUUGGUCUUGGCCAUAGUGGAGUUUGGAGUGUGACUGUUUGAGGUUGUGGACAGGUGUCUUUUAUACUGAUAACAAGUUCAAACAGGUGCCAUUAAUACAGGUAAUGAGUGGAGGACAGAGGAGCCUCUUAAAGAAGAAGUUACAGGUCUGUGAGAGCCAGAAAUCUUGCUUGUUUGUAGGUGACCAAAUACUUAUUUUCCACCAUAAGUUGCAAAUAAAUUCAUAAAAUAUCUUACAAUGUGAUUUUCUGGAUUUUUUUUCUCCUCAAUUUGUCUGUCAUAGUUGACGUGUACCUAUGAUGAAAAGUACAGGCCUCUCUCAUCUUUUUACGUGGGAGAACUUGCACAAUUGGUGGCUGACUAAAUACUUUUUUUUCCCCACUGUAAAUGGGGCAAUUAGGACAGUUAAAGUGGAGAGACUAUGAAUCCAAAGAGAAAAUAUUUUAAAUUCAAUCACUAUCGCUUGAAAAAAAGAGCGUGUCAAUACCCCACUGGGACUCUUUGCAGACAACAAUAUAUUCUGCAAAACCUGCAAUUUAGCUUUAGAUUAUGAAUGGAAAGACAGGAUAGACAGCCAUCUGAAAUCAAAUUAAAACACAUUACACUGUUCAGAAGAAUGCUUCUUCUUUAGAAGGUUGUGGAGGAUAUAGCGAAACACUCAUCCUUACAUAACAAGACAAUAUCAAUCAACUAAAAUAUUUCACAACGUAUUCCUUGUCUGUUUUUAACAUAAGGGUAUGAUCAGGGCACCAGACUUUGUUUGAAAGUGCGGGUGAGAACACUUUUUUGGGCGUUGUUGUUUGAAGUAUUUUUUAAUUAACUUGUCUCAGCAGCAUACAUAUUUGAUGCAAAGAGGCUAGAAAUAGCUUAUUUGGUCGAUAUUACUUAACAUUUACAUUUACAUCAUUUAGCAGUUGCUCUUAUCCAGAGCGACUUACAAAUUGGUGCCUUCAACUUAUGAUAGCCAGUGGGACAACCACUUUAAAAAAAAAAAAAAUUGUGGGGGAAGAAGGAUUACUUGAUACAAUUCCAGGUAUUCCUUAAAGAGGUAGGGUUUCAAGUGUCUCCGGAAGGUGGUCAGUGACUCCGCUGUCCUGGCGUCGUGGGGGAGCUUGUUCCACCAUUGGGAAUAGCUUUGACUGGGCUGAGCGGGAACUGUGCUUCCGUAGAGAUAGGGGAGCUAGCAGGCCAGAGGUGGAUGAACGUAGUGCCCUCGUUUGGGUGUAGGGUCUGAUCAGAGCCUGAAGGUAAGGAGGUGCCGUUCCCCUCACAGCUCCGUAGGCAAGCACCAUGGUCUUGUAGUAGAUGCAAGCCUCAAUUGGAAGCCAGUGGAGUGUGCGGAGGAGCGGGGUAACAUGAGAGAACUUGGGAGGUUGAACACCAGACGGGCUGCAGCGUUCUGGAUAACUUGUAGGGGUUUAAUGGCACAGGCAGGGAGCCCAGCCAACAGCGAGUUGCAGUAAUCCAGACUGGAGAUGACAAGUGCCUGGAUUAGGACCUGUGCCGCUUUCUGUGUAAGGUAGGGUCGUACUCUGCAAAUGUUGUAGAGCAUGAUCCUGCAGGAUCGGGUCACCGCUUUGAUGUUAGCGGAGAACGACAGGGUGUUGUCCAGGGUCACAAGCCAAGCAGACAGACCCGGCGCCAGGAUAGGCCUAAAGUGACUAAGAGGGCAGUUUUAAAUUGGUGAGGGGGCAAAAUUCUUGCAUUGGGAUUAUAUUGAAUUAUUCUUAUAUGCCGCUAUACCACAAUAAACAAAGAGACUCCGAGGCCAUUGAGUGCUUUUGAAGUGACAGGUUGGCGCAAAAUCUGCAGCCAAUCUGCGCUGUAUCAGCACAAUGGACAGCGCCUCACACACUAAAGCAAGGCUGUUUUGGCAAUGAAUAUAUGCUACAAGAUAGGCUGUUUGUAAUAGGUGAAUUACCCUAUGUGAAUGCAGCCGUACACACAGCUGUCUUACAACAAUGCAAACUAAACGCUGAAAGUACAGUGUAUUCUGACUUUUUCCACAUUUUGUUACGUUACAGACUCCUCAAUCUACACACAAUACCCCAUAAUGACAAAGUGAAAACAGGUUUUUAGAAAUGGAGUGUCUUCGGAACAAGUCUCAAUGUCCUUGAACCCGAUCGAACAUCGCUGGAGAGACCUGAAAAUGGCUGUGCAGCGAUGCUCCCCAUCCAACCUGACAGAGCUUGAGAGGAUCUGCAAAGAAUGGGAGAAACUCCCUAAAUACAGGUGUCAAGCUUGUAGCGUCAUAUUCAAGAAGAGUCGAGGCUAUAAACGCUGCCAAAGGUGCUUCAACAAAGUACUGAGUAAAGGGUCUGAAUCCUUGUGUAAAUUAGAUAUUUCCGUUUUAAUUUUUAAUACAUUUGCAAAAAUUUCUAAAAACCUGUUUUUGCUUUGUCAUUAUGGGGUAUUGUGUUAGAUUGAUGUAAAAAAAUAUAUAUAUAUAUUUUAUCAAUUCCACAAAAUGUGGGAAAAGUCAAGGAGUCUGAAUACUUUCCGAAUGCACUGAACACAAAUAUAAAUGCUACAUGCAACAAUUUCAUUGAUUUUACUUAGUUACAGUUUGUAUUAAUUAAUCAGUCAAUUUAAAUACAUUCGUUAGGCCAUAACCUAUGGAUUUCCCUGUUACUGAGCAUUUCUCUUUUGCCAAAAUAACCCAUCCACCUGACAGGUGUGGCAUAUCAAGAAUCUGAGUAAACAGAAUGGUAAUUACACAGGUGCACCUUGUGCUGGGUACAAAAAGCCACUCUAAAAUACCACAAUGCCACAGAUGUGUCAAGUUUUGAGGGAGUGUGCAAUUGGCAUGUUGACUGCAGGAAUGUCCACUAGAGCUGUUGCCAGAUAAUGUAAUGUUCAUUUCUCUACCAUAAGCCGCCUCCAACGUCGUUUUAGAGAAUUUGGCAGUACGUCCAAGAAGUAACAGGUUGGCGCGAAAUCUUUGCUGCGCUCCAUCAGCACCAUGGACGGCACCCUACACACUAAGCAUGGCCAUUUUGGCAGUUAAAAUAUUGGCUAGCUAAAAAAGUAUUUUUGCUAUUCCAUACUCUAGGUUUUUGCUGAAAAUGAUUCCACUGGUUAUACCACCAAUAUUUUGAUCAAAACCAACCAGCUACAGUCGUGGUCAAAAGUUUUGAGAAUGUAAGUAUUGGUCUUCACAAAGUUUGCUGCUUCAGUGUUUUUAGAAUUUUUUUUGUCAGAUGUUACUAUGGUAUACUGAAGUAUAAUUACAAGCAUUCCAUAAGUGUCAAAGGCUUUUACUGACAAUUACAUGAAGUUUAUGCAACGACUCAAUAUUUGCAGUGUUGACCCUUCUUUUUCAAGACCUCUGCAAUUAACUUCUGGGCCACAUCCUGACUGAUGGCAGCCCAUUCUUGCAUAAUCAAUGCUUGGAGUUUGUUAGAAUUUGUGGGUGUUUGUUUGUCCACCCGCCUCAUGAGGAUUGACCACAAAUUCUCACUGGGAUUAACGUCUGGGGAGUUUCCUGGCCAUGGACCAAAAACAUAUGUUUUGUUCCCCGAGCCACUUAUUUAUCACUUUUGCCUUAUGGCAAGGUGCUCCAUCAUGCUGAAAAAGGCAAAGAACUAAACUGUUCUCUGAUGGUUGGGAGAAGUUGCUCUCGGAGGAUGUGUUGGUACCAUUCUUUAUUCAUGGCUGUGUUCUUAGGCAAAAUUGUGAGUGAGCCCACUCCCUUGGCUGAGAAGCAACCCCACACAUUAAUGGUCUCAGAAUGCUUUACUGUUGGCAUGACACAAGACUGAUGGUAGCGCUCACCUUGUCUUCUCCGGGCAAGCUUUUUUCCAGAUGCCCCAAACAAUCGGAAAGGGGAUUCAUCAGAGAAAAUGACUUUACCCCAGUCCUCAGCAGUCCAAUCCCUGUACCCUUUGCAGAAUAUCAGUCUGUCCCUGAUGUUUUUCCUGGGGAGAAGUGGCUUCCUCGCUGCCCUUCUUGACACCAGCCCAUCCUCCAAAAGUCUUCGCCUCACUGUGCCUGCUGCCAUUCCUGAGCAAGCUCUGCACUGCUGGUGCCCUGAUUCCGCAGCUGAAUCAACUUUAGGAGACGGUCCUGGCGCUUGCUGGACUUUCUUGGGCACCCUGAAGCCUUCUUCACAACAAUUGAACCUCUCUCCUUGAAGUUCUUGAUGAUAAAUGGUUGAUUUUAGGUGCAAUCUUACUUGCAGCAAUAUCCUUGCCUGUGAAGCCCUUUUUUGUGCAAAGCAAUGAUGACGGCACAUGUUUCCUUGCAGGUAACCAUGGUUAACAGAGGAAGAAUAAUGAUUUCAAGCACCAUCCUCCUUUUAAAGCUUCCAGUCUGUUAUUCUAACUCAAUCGGCAUGACAGAGUGAUCUCCAGCCUUGUCCUCGUCAACACUCUCACCUGUGUUAACGAGAGAAUCACUGACAUGAUGUCAGCUGGUCCUUUUGUGGCAUGGCUGAAAUGCAUUUUUGGGAUUAAGUUCAUUUUCAUGGCAAAGAGGGAUUUUGCAAUUAAUUGCAAUUCAUCUGAUCACUCUUCAUAACAUUCUGGAGUAUAUGCAAAUUGCCAUCAUAAAAACUGAGGCAGCAGACUUUGUGAAAAUUUAUAUUUGUGUCAUUCUCAAAACUUUUGACCACAACUGUAGAUUGUUUCUUACCUUUUCAGAAGAGUUGCAGCCUCCUUGAUGCUCUGUUGAACUUCCUGAUUAAUCGAUCAAUCCAUUCUCCGCAAAAUCUUCUUGAACAAUCCCCCUCAAAUGCCAGUUGGAUUAGUUGAGCUUUCCUUUGGCGUGGCAUGCUUCGUCUGUUCUGACUGAGCACUUUUGUCAAAGUGCAAAAUGAGUUCUUGCCAGCUGCCUAUUGUUAACAAGUGUUGACACCUCAGUUCCCAUAGCACUUCGAAAUGGUUUUUCUUUCUGUAGUGCAUUUCAAAUGCUCCUUGCUUGAUGCGUGCCUAGCGAAUCCUAUGGUUCUAUCCAGUUAGAAUCUUCCAGUUAGAAUACCGACCUUGGGUGAAGGCCUUAGCUGCGUUAGCGUUGGACACAAUACAGAACUUUUGACAUAGGAAUCAAAAUGCCGCAUCUGCAGUAACCGAGUAUUCCAGCCACUCUCUUCCUAUGAACCAGUUGCUAUUAAAUUAACGUUUUUGGACAGAACCUGUGGCUAUGGUAGGCUAACCUGGGCUGGCUCCUCUCUUCCAAGAUCGUCAAGAACAGUCUGAGGUGGAGGGUGCUGUGGAGCCAUUAUCCUGGUGGCACUUGUGGAAGGGGGGGGGUAGGCUCUUCACGCGGAGCUAGCUGGAGCUCGGGCAGCAGCAUCAUUGCUGGGCUUGGCGGCAGCCUCUUUGGUUUGAUUUCUGAUAUCCAUCGUGGCAGAUAUAGGCAAAUAACACUUAAUGCCUUUUACAGCUAGCUAAGAAGCUAACUAAACUCUGGAGUGGUGGGGCGAGAGGCAGAGUUGAGUGAAGCAGCUUAAACUGAACUUGACCUUAUUAAUCAAAAUCAAAUAGGCCUGUUACAGGUGGAGGCGUAUCACGUUAUUCACGGAGCCUACCAAAGAUGUGCAGCUAUUUUUCCCGCUUUUUAUGGAAACCCAAAGGAGUCAUACCUAACCACCCAGUGGCUUUCCGUAGCCCCCCUACAUGCAAACACACACAUCUCACAGCGCUGAUCCAGCGCAGCGGCGAUACAGAUUUCGCGCCAACCUGUCACUCAAUCAUUUAAACUUUUUUAUAUAGGGACAUAAAACUAAAACAGGUGGCACAAGUUUCAACUGAGGUGGCUAAGCCCCUCGUGGAGCUGUGCCCGCAAACAGAGCUGUUUUAUGGAGAUACAAAUAUAUCAUGUGCUUUCUCAUUUGGUGCAUACAGUGGGGAGAACAAGUAUUUGAUACACUGCCGAUUUUGCAGGUUUUCCUACUUACAAAGCUUGUAGAGGUCUGUAAUUUUUAUCAUACAGUGGGGAAAAAAAGUAUUUAGUCAGCCACCAAUUGUGUAAGUUCUCCCACUUAAAAAGAUGAGAGAGGCCUGUAAUUUUCAUCAUAGGUACACGUCAACUAUGACAGACAAAAUUAGAAAAAAAAAUCCAAAAAUCACAUUGUAGGAUUUUUAAUGAAUUUAUUUGCAAAUUAUGGUGGAAAAUAAGUAUUUGGUCAAUAACAAAAGUUUCUCAAUACUUUGUUAUUUACCCUUUGUUGGCAAUGACACAGGUCAAACGUUUUCUGUAAGUCUUCACAAGGUUUUCACACACUGUUGCUAGUAUUUUGGCCCAUUCCUCCAUGCAGAUCUCCUCUAGAGCAGUGAUGUUUUGGGGCUGUCGCUGGGCAACACAGACUUUCAACUCCCUCCAAAGAUUUUCUAUGGGGUUGAGAUCUGGAGACUGGCUAGGCCACUCCAGGACCUUGAAAUGCUUCUUACGAAGCCACUCCUUCGUUGCCCGGGCGGUGUGUUUGGGAUCAUUGUCAUGCUGAAAGACCCAGCCACGUUUAAUCUUCAAUGCCCUUGCUGAUGGAAGGAGGUUUUCACUCAAAAUCUCACGAUACAUGGCCCCAUUCAUUCUUUCCUUUACACCAGGGGUGUCAAACUCAUUCCAUGGAGGGCCUAGUGUCUGCAGGUUUUUGGUUUUUCCUUUCAAUUAAGCCCUAGACAACCAGGUGUGGGGAGUUCUUUACUAAUUAGUGACCUUAAUUCAUCAAUCAAGGACAAGGGAGGAGUGAAAACCCGCAGCCACUAGGCCCUCCGUGGAAUGAGUUUGACACAUGUGCUUUACACGGAUCAGUCGUCCUGGUCCCUUUGCAGAAAAACAGCCCCAAAGCAUGAUGUUUCCACCCCCAUGCUUCACAGUAGGUAUGGUGUUAUUUGGAGGCAACUCAGCAUUCUUUGUCCUCCAAACACGACGAGUUGAGUUUUUACCAAAAAGUUCUAUUUUGGUUUCUUCUGACCAUAUGACAUUCUCCCAAUCCUCUUCUGAAUCAUCCAAAUGCACUCUAGCAAACUUCAGACGGGCCUGGACAUGUACUGGCUUAAGCAGGGGGACACUUCUGGCACUGUAGGAUUUGAGUCCCUGGCGGCGUAGUGUGUUACUGAUGGUAGGCUUUGUUACUUUGGUCCCAGCUAUCUGCAGGUCAUUCACUAGGUCCCCCCGUGUGGUUCUGGGAUUUUUGCUCACCGUUCUUGUGAUCAUUUUGACCCCACGGGGUGAGAUCUUGCGUGGAGCCCCAGAUCGAGGGAGAUUAUCAGUGGUCUUGUAUGUCUUCCAUUUCCUAAUAAUUGCUCCCACAGUUGAUUUCUUCAAACCAAGCUGCUUACCUAUUGCAGAUUCAGUCUUCCCAGCCUGGUGCAGGUCUACAAUUUUGUUUCUGGUGUCCUUUGACAGCUCUUUGGUCUUGGCCAUAGUGGAGUUUGGAGUGUGACUGUUUGAGGUUGUAGACAGGUGUCUUUUAUACUGAUAACAAGUUCAAACAGGUGCCAUUAAUACAGGUAACGAGUGGAGGACAGAGGAGCCUCUUAAAGAAGAAGUUACAGGUCUGUGAGAGCCAGAAAUCUUGCUUGUUUGUAGGUGACCAAAUACUUAUUUUCCACCAUAAUUUGCAAAUAAAUUCAUAAAAAAUCCUACAAUGUGAUUUUCUGGAGGAAAAAAAUCUCAAUUUGUCUGUCAUAGUUGACGUGGACCUAUGAUGAAAAUUACAGGCCUCUUUCAUCUUUUUAAGUGGGAGAACUUGCACAAUUGGUGGCUGACUAAAUACUUUUUUUCCCCACUGUAGGUACACUUCAACUGUGAGAGACAGAAUCUAAAACAAAAAUCCAGAAAAUCACGUAUGAUUUUUAAGUAAUUCAUUUGCAUUUUAUUGCAUGACAUAAGUACUUGAUACAUCAGAAAAGCAGAACUUAAUAUUUGGUACAGAAACCUUUGUUUGAAAUUACAGAGAUCAUAAGUAUUUGGUCACCUACAAACAAGUUUUGCCAUCUUGGCCAUAGAAAUAAAAUCACUUGGUCCAGCCUUUUUUUAUUUUGAGCUCAAUGGGAAACCUGGUAAAAUAGACAAAAUCCACACAUAAGCAGAUGUUUUGAUUGGCCCUCUGUGUGCAACGCAUUACAUCACUCAUUGUAUCCCCUUUAUCUCUCUCUCCCCUCCAGGCCUGUUGCCGUGGGUGAAGCUGAUAGACAACUUUGAUGCGGAGUACGAGUACGUGACCAACGAGGGCACGGUUUUCACCUUCAAGACCAACCUGGAGGCCCCGCGCUACCGCCUCAUCAACAUCAACUUCGCUCAGCCCGCCCAGGCCAACUGGAAGGAGCUUAUUCCCCAGCACGACAAGGACGUCAUCGGUAGGUCACAGACAGAAUGAAAAGAGAGUUUUACGCGCAUUAUAUGUACACUUUAUACAGGAGCUAGACAAAAAUAUCAACUAAAGUGGAAAAAGUCAUUUCCACCCACUGCAUGCUGCUCCCAACAAGUGAUCUUUAAAAGGCAACCUAAUCAAGAUAUUUUAGCCUCUUUGGGUCGCUUAAAGAGGUAUUGUUCAGCCAUAAACCGAGAGGAAGUUGUGUAUCUCUUUACUGGAAUUGUUGUAUGUUUUUCAGAAUCCGUUAAACAUUUAAUUGAAUUUGUAUGGCCUAAAGGUGAUUAUAGAUGCAGUUCAUUCGGAAAGUAUUCAGACCCCUUGACUUUAUCCACAGUUUAAGUUACAGCCUUAUUCUAAAAUGGAUUAAAUACAAAUUUUCCGACAUCAAUCUACACACAAUAUCACAAUGUCAAAGCGAAAAGAGGUUUUUAGAAAUUUUUGCAAAUGUAUUAAAAAUAAAAACCGAUACCUUAUCUACAUAAGUAUUCAGACAUUUGCUAUCAGACUCGAAAUUGAGGUCAGGUGCAUCCUGUUUCCAUUGAUCAUCCUUGAUGUUUCUACAACUUGAUUGGAGUCCACCUGUGGUAAAUUCAAUUGAUUGGACAUGAUUUGGAAAGGCACACACCUGUCUAUAUGAGGUCCCACUAUUGACAGUGCAUGUCAGAGCAAAAACCAAGCCAUGAGGUCGAAGGAAUUGUCUGUAUAGCUCCGAGACAGGAUCGCGUCAAGGAAAAGACCUGGGGAAGGGUACCAAAAAACCUCUGCAGCAUUGAAGGUCCCCAAGAACACAGUGGCCUCCGUCAUUCUUAAAUGGAAGAAGCUUGGAACCACCAAGACUCUUCCUAGAGCUGGCCGUCCGGCCAAAGUGAGCAAUCGGGUGAGAAGGGCCUUGGUCAGGGAGGUGACCAAGAACUCGAUGGCACUCUGACAGAGCUCCAGAAUUUCUCUAUGGAAAUGGGAGAACCUUCCAUAAGGACAACCAUCUCUGCAGCACUCCACCAAUCAGCCCUUUAUGGUAGAGUGGCCAGACGGAAGCCACUCCUCAGUAAAAGGCACAUGACCGCACACUUGGAGUUUGCCAAAAGGCACCUAAAGGGUGCCCCCCGAGUGGUGCAGCGGUCUAAGGCACUGCAUCGCAGUGCUUGAGGCGUCACUACAGAUCCAGGUUCGAUCACCAGGCUGUGUCGCAGCCGGCCGCGACCGGGAGACCCAUGAGGCGGCGCACAAUUGGCCCAGCGUCGUCCGGGUUAGGGGAGAGUUUGGUUGGCAGGGAUGUCCUUGUCCCAUCGCGCUCUAGCGACUCCUUGUGGUGGGCCGGGCGAAUGCACGCUGACUCCGGUCGCCAGUUGUACAGUGUUUCCUCCGGCUGACUUCCGGGUUAAGCGGGCAGUGUGUCAAGAAGCAGUGCGGAUUGGCAGGGUCGUGUUUCGGAGGGUGCAUGGCUCUCGCCUUUCGCCUCUCCCGAGUCCGUACAGGAGUUGCAGCGAUGGGACAAGACUACCUACCAAUUGGAUAUCACGAAAAAGGGGUACAAAAAUAAAAUUUUAAAAAAGGCACCUAAAGAACUCUCAGCCCAUGAGAAACAAGGUUCUCUAGUCUGAUGAAACAAGGAUUGAACUCUUUGGCCUGAAUGCCAUGCGUCACGUCUGGAGGAAACCAGGCACCGCUCAUCACCUGGUCAAUACCAUCCCUACGGUGUAGCAUGGUGGUGGCAGCAUCAUGCUGUGGGGAUGUUUUUCAGCGACAGGGACUGGGAGACUAGUCAGGAUCGAGGGAAAGAUUAACUGCGCAAAGUACAGAGAUCCUUGAUGAAAACCUGCUACAGAGUGCUCAGGCCCUCAGACUGGGGCGAAGGUUCACCUUCCAACAGAACAACGACAUUAAGCACACAGCCAAGACAACGCAGGAGUAGCUUAGGGACAAAUCUCAAUGUCAUUGAGUGGCCCAGCCAAAGCCCGGAUUUAAACCUGAUCGAACAUCUCUGGAGAGACCCGAAAUGUAGCUGUGCAGCGACGCUCCCCAUCCAUCCUGACAGCACUUGAGAGGAUCUGCAGAGAAGAAUGGGAGAAACUCCCCAAAUACAGGUGUGCCAAGCUUGAGGCAUCAUACCCAAGAAGACUCGAGGCUGUAAUCGCUGCCAAAGGUGCUUCAACAAAGUACUGGGUAAAGGGUCUGAAUACUUAUAUAAAUGUGAUAUUUCCGUUUUUUUAUUUGUAAUAAAUUUGCAAAGAUUUAUAAAAACCUGUUUUUGCUUCGUCUUUAUGGGGUAUUGUCUGUAGAUUGAGGAAAAAAACAAUUUUAAUCAAUUUUAGAAUAAGGCUGCAUCAAAAUGUGAAAAAAGUCAAGGGGUCUGAAUAUUUUCCGAAUGCACUGUAAAUGUGCCCAUUUGGGGAUCUGAUAGUAUUUCUGAUUGGCUUAACGCAUCACCACUAAUGAGCGGUUUAGCUUCUCAAAGUAAUGUUUUCUUCACCUCAAACAGCAAGCAAACAAAGUCUGUUUUUACAUCCGUUGAGAAUGACAAUAGUUCCUCAAUGUAUUUGAAAAAUCUUUCCAACUCUCUCCCUUUCGAUAACCACUCGGCGUGAUAGGAAAAAUGUAAUACUCUGAUCCAGUGGAAAUUUGAUAAAAUCGGCCUGCCUGAUUACUUGACUUGGACUGAAAUAGGUUAUGGUACUCAUUUUGGGUGCUGGUACUGUUUAUAUUUAGGUGCAGGAGCUCCACAAUACUUUUGAUUCAAUAUUCUAUAAGAGGAACAGGAGCUCAAGCAGUAGAAAUUGAGGUGCCAGUACUCUGCUCCGGUGAGCUUCUGUCAAAGUCAAGCACUGCUUCUUAUCCCUUGUGCAAAUGGCCUACAGCUGUGUCUGUCCCGAGCUCACUGGUGCAGGAAACUGAGGGGCCAGAAUAUUUUAUACAAUGUUGCAAGUUCGCUAGCACAAGCUUCGGGCUGGACCCAAGUUAAUAGUUGAUACAAUGUUUCAAGUUCAUUGCAGACAGGCCAUGUGUAGCCAAUGUGGUUUAUAGGAAGAAAAUAAAUCUGGAUAUUUUCUACUUGCAGGCUGCAAUGUUUUUAAAUUUGUUGGCUUUAUUUAGGCUAUUUUUACAUAGUUGGCAGUAGAAGUUUUUAGGUUUGUAUAAUUUUCAUUUAGAUUUAAAUCGAAUUUUGAUUAACCACAUGACAAUGAUUUUGAGAUAUGAAGACGUUUUUAUAAAUGAAAUGAAACUGUUCCACGAAAAUGUGCCUAUGAAAACCAUAACUGGCAGGCAGAUCGGUAGAAAUGGUAAGAUAAAUUGGUAUUUCACAUGAGAAAGGUUGCCGAGUAAUGGCAGAAUCUGCGAAAGGCAGCAGGAGGAGAAUGGUUGGGUCAGGUAAAGUUUUUUUUUUUUCUUCUGGUUAUCUAGAUCGCUGGAUCCCUCUUGAGUCAUUUGUCUUAUUUCAUCAAACCGUAAGCUUAAAUCAUCAGACAAGUUCAAUGCAUAUAUUUUAUUAAAACACCUUAAGUGUGUCUAUAUAUGGAAAAAUACACGUUUAAACAUUCCUGGGAUCUGCAGUGCUUUAACCAUGAAUUAUUUCCCCCUCUCUCUGGAUCUUUACCUUCAUCUUCUUUAUUUCCAGUAAGCACCAGAUGUUCGUGUAUAUUGAGUAGGGAUUCACUCAACAACUUGUUCUCUUUUUUAAAGUUGAUUAACAUCAGCUUUGAUAACAUUGACUGUACCCUUCAGCUUUUUAGUUUCUUUUUCCAGUGUCACAGCUUUCUCAUCACUCAUUUCAAGGCUCACCUUCAUCUCAUGUAUAUCUUUACAGACUAACUCAAGUACGCCUAAUUUAUAGAUUUUAGCAGUUCGGUUUCCACGCUUACCGUACAGGGUGGUGAAAAUAGGUCAUCCAUGUCAGUCAGUCUCUUAUCAUAUCUUUUAGAGGUUAGUUCUCCAUUCUUUCCGUGUUUACCCUCCACCAUGUUUUUGUUUUGACUGCGUUGGUAGUGUUCGUCUAUAAAAUGCUCUAGCCUUACAAGUUGUCUUGAGUUAUUAUCCAGUUUUGAUGUUGUUGCCCACGAGUGAGCAGAUCAGCGUAAAAGUACUAUUAUUUUGUCAGUUUUAGGGAGAUUAAUUUCUACGCUUUUUCACGAGGCAUUCACAAGGCAUUCUGCACCGCCAUCUUCAGUCCGCCAUAUUUCCUAUCAAGGUGUUUUCCAUGUUAGUAAAGACAAUAUUAAAUUGAGAAUAGUCUGAUAGAUGAAAAUAUGAUCACUUGAUGAGAGAACAGCGUGUGCAGCCUGAGGGGCAAGGAACAGAGGGCAAGCUUUUUUGGCGACUUUCUCAAAUAUAGUAUGUAGUCUCAUCAUACAGCCCAUAUGUUUUGAUUUCUAAGGUUUGUAUCAUUCACAACUAAAGUUGCCAAAUAACUCUAAAUCUAGCGUAUAGGACCCGUUUCAAAUUAACAUAUUUAUGCUCAACAUAGCCACUUCAUAUGUGCGCGAAGUCGCUCUGGAAUGGGCAAAAUAUCCUUUCUAUUUUAUUAAGCUUAGUUAAAAUAUCCUUUUCUUACUAUAAAAUAUCUACAGUGAGGGAAAAAAGUAUUUGAUCCCCUGCUGAUUUUGUACGUUUGCCAACUGACAAAGAAAUGAUCAGUCUAUAAUUUUAAUGGUAGGUUUAUUUGAACAGUGAGAGACUAACAACAAAAAAAUCCAGAAAAACGCAUGUCAAAAAUGUUAUCAAUUGAUUUGCAUUUUAAUAAGGGAAAUAAGUAUUUGACCCCUCUGUAAAACAUGACUUAGUACUUGGUGGCAAAACCCUUGUUGGCAAUCAGAGGUCAGACGUUUCUUGUAGUUGGCCACCAGGUUUGCACACAUCUCAGGAGGGAUUUUGUUCCACUCCUCUUUGCAGAUCUUCUCCAAGUCAUUAAGGUUUCGAGGCUGACGUUCGGCAACUCGAACCUUCAGCUCCCUCCACAUAUUUUCUAUGGGAUUAAGUUCUGGAGACUGGCUAGGCCACUCCAGGACCUUAAUGUGCUUCUUCUUGAGCCACUCCUUUGUUGCCUUGGCCGUGUGUUUUGGGUCAUUGUCAUGCUGGAAUACCCAUCCACGACCCAUUUUCAAUGCCCUGGCUGAGGGAAGGAGGUUCUCACCCAAGAUUUGACGGUACAUGGCCCCGUCCAUCGUACCUUUGAUGUGGUGAAGUUGUCCUGUCCCCUUAGCAGAAAAACACCCCCAAAGCAUAAUGUUUCCACCUCCAUGUUUGACGGUGGGGAUGGUGUUCUUGGGGUCAUAGGCAGCAUUCCUCCUCCUCCAAACACAGCGAGUUGAGUUGAUGCCAAAGAGCUCGAUUUUGGUCUCAUCUGACCACAACACUUUCACCCAGUUCUCCUCUGAAUCAUUCAACUCCUCUAAAUCAUUUCAGUCCUUCACGGCGUAGUGUGUUACCAAUUAUUUUCUAUGGUCCCAGCUGCCUUGAGAUCAUUGACAAGAUCCUCCCGUGUAGUUCUGGGUUGAUUCCUCACUGUUCUCAUGACCAUUGCAACUCCACGAGGUGAUAUCUUGCAUGGAGCCCCAGGCCGAGGGAGAUUGACAGUAAUUUUGUGUUUCUUCCAUUUGCGAAUAAUCGCACCAACUGUUGUCACCUUCUCACCAAGCUGCUUGGCGAUGGUCUUUUAGCCCAUUCCAGCCUUGUGUAGCUCUACAAUCUUGUCCCUGACAUCCUUGGAGAGCACUUUGGCCUUGGCCAUGGUGGAGAGUUUGGAAUCUGAUUGAUUGCUUCUGUGGACAGGUGUCUUUUAUACAGGUAAACUGAGAUUAGGAGCACUCCCUUUAAGAGUGUGCUCCUAAUCUCAGCUCAUUACCUGUAUACAAGACACCUGGGAGCCAGACAUUUUUCUGAUUGAGAGGGGGUCAUACUUAUUUCCCUCAUUAAAAUGCUAAUACAUUUAUAACAUUUUUGACAUGCGUUUUUCUGGAUUUUUUUGUUGUUAUUCUGUCUCUCACUGUUCAAAUAAACCUACCAUUAAAAGUAUAGGCUGAUCAUUUCUUUGUCAGUGGGCAAACAUACAAAAUCAGCAGGGGAUCAAAUACUUUUUUCCCUCACUGUAAUAUAAAAUAAUGGAAUGGGAUUUAUACGCAUAUCAUGUCUGCUAAAUUAAUAAGCCUACGCCUAUGGCAUAGCCAGAUAACAACAUAUUGAAGGCUAACUCAUAUUCUGUUCUUCUGAAAUGCAUUUUCUUUAUAUCAUAAUGUUUCUUUAGACCUGCCUAAAAUACAUUACGAUUUAUUGUGAUGGUGUAUAUUCAAUUGAUUUAUUAGACUUUGUUAAUUAACGGUCAAUUACUGUGAGACCGGCAGUCUUUUACAUGACAAUAAUGUGACCCUGUGUGCUAGCUAGUUAGUUAGCUAACCCAGGGCUUCCCAAACUCGGUCCUGGUGCACGUUUUGUUUUUUGCCCUAGCACUACAUAGCUGAUUCAAAUAACCAACUCAUCAGCAAGCUUUGAUGUUUUGAAUCACCUGUGUAGUGCUAGGGCAAAAACCAAAACGUGCAUCCAGGGGGGACCCCAGGACCGAGGGCCAGUGAGAAAAGUUAACGUUGGACUGACUGAAUAAAGUCGAUCUCAUAUCCUUUCCAUUCAUAAAUCAUACAACGUAGUUAUAUGUCCAUGGUAUCGCAUCGGGACAAGUAAACUAAAGAUCUCAUUUUUAUUUUCGAUAUGAAGUCCGUCAGGACUUGCCAGACAGUGAUUUUAAAGUGAGUGACUCGUCCGUAGCCUACCGAAUUGCAUCGGUAAGAGAGCUGUAGGCUUUUUGCCAAUUAUCUGCACAUAAAUUAUGAAAACAUUUGAUUAUGAUGGUGAAUCCUCCUCACUGCAGGAACAAUAUGUAGGCUGGUGGAGCGAGAGCCUCACUCUGGUCCAAAAUAUAAUACAAUAAAAAAUGAUUAAUUGUUUUAAAAGCUAAUGAUACUUAUAUGGUAUUUUCAAAGAUAUUGAUGUAGGUCUACUGAUUUUAAUGAACAGGUUGACAAUAAGAGUAGUCAACUGCUGCUUUCUGUGUAGCAAAGCCCAUGUUUAACACCUGCUUUUUUUUUUAUCAUACCUGUAUUGCAGAUAGCUGAGAAAAUGCCUGAAGGCCCAGUGCAGUCAAUUAAGUUUUUCCAGUGUUUUAUAUCAUAUUGUACAACAGCUGAUGAAACUAACACUGUAAAAGUGUAAUCAGUGUUAUUUCCUUAAAAUACAAUCUAGCAUUUGAAUGUACCAGAGGCCACCAAAAUAGUGCUUGUUCUGCAACAACAACAAAUGGCGGGGGGAGCCAGGCUGGCUACUUUUUCUAUUUGUGGAAAACACUGUCAAUGUCAUGGAAAUAAUAAAAUCAUUGCAAUGGAUGACUUAUUAUUUAGAGAUCUUACAUUUAAUAAACCAAUCUUGACAUGGAUACCUGCCUGAUUGACCGAAGUAUUCAGAUGAGUUAAAGGAACAUAAAUUAGGUUACUUACAUUAACCGCACUACGGGACAUAGUAUGCUUUCCAUGUCCUCUGUUGCUAAUUAUGACCGGGAGGACUGGAGCACUACCAGAACCAGACAGCCAGUCUAUUGGUUUUGAUCAGGUCCUCGGUAAAUAACUGCCAUAUACUGUCUAGGAGUACUCUGUUAUCCACAUGAUCAUGGUUUUUAAACUUUUCGAUUGUUUGACUUACCCUUCUUCAUGCGCUCUCUCUCCCAUUCCCUCCCUCUCCCUCCAGUGUUUGCCACCUGUACCUACUCCAGCCUCCUGUUCGUGUGUUUCCUGCACGAUGUAAAAAACGUCCUUAAGAUGUACCGUCUGAGCUCGGGGGAGGAGCUCAGGACCUUCCCCCUGGACGUGGGCUCUGUUGUGGGCUUCACCGGACGCAAGAGGGACUCUGAGAUCUUCUACUACUUCACCUCCUUCCUCUCGCCAGGUAGGCUAUCAUAAACCAGGGCUCAAAACUGUGACCCAAGCACUCACAUUUGCGACCUUUUGACUUGGCAGUGCGACACCGAUUCUUAAUUGGUCGCUAGGGUGCCAGUGGAAAAAAAUUGUUUUUGUUCAUGUUAGUUUUUGGUUCACAAUGUGCUUUUUUUCAUUAUCAAGAUUUAUUCAAACAGCAAUGGGUAUGCAACAAUGGAUAUGCAGACCAGGUAGCCUAUUUAAAAAGUUUGUUCAGAAGUCUUGGUUGAAUCUUUGCGAUGCGCAAUUGUCAUCAUGCUCUGUUUGAAUGAACAUUUCUAAAGGCUUUCCCAAAAAACCUUCUCAAUUAAAUGUUGACUAAAGAGUAGGCCUACCUGGCAGAAUGAUAUCAUUCGCAUCAAUGACAGGGCAUUUGUUUUGCCAACUCUGCCAUCACAUGUAGCUUACACUGUACAGUACAAAAACACCGCUAGCCUAACACAACGUGUUCUUGCUUAGGUGUACAAUUGAAUAAAGGACCCUCCUGCCCAAAAAUGUUUUGAUUGUUCCCAGGACUCAAAAGUGCUCUCCUGAUGUGGUUUAACCCUUGGCCUACAAUAGCCGCACCCCCAUGGAAAUCGAAUUAACAUAAUAAUUAACAUCCCCAUCAAAGUCCGUCUGUUUAAGCUAGAUAUUCAGUGCCUUGCAAAAGUAUUCAUCCCCUUGGCGGUUUUCCUAUUUUGUUGCAUUACAACCUGUAAUUUAAAUGGAUUUUUAUUUGGAUUUCAUUUAAUGGACAUACACAAAAUAGUCCAAAUUGGUGAAGUGAAAUGAAAAAAAUGACUUGUUUCAAAAAAUUCUAAAAAAUUAAUAACGGAAAAGUGGUGUGUGCAUAUGUAUUCACCCCCUUUGCUAUGAAGCCCCUAAUAAGAUCUGGUGCAACCAAUUACCUUCAGAAGUCACAUAAUUAGUUAGAUUGCACACAGGUGGACUUUAUUUCAGUGUCACGUGAUCUGUCACAUGAUCUCAGUAUAUAUACACCUGUUCUGAAAGGCCCCAGAGUCUGCAACACCACUAAGCAAGGGGCACCACCAAGCAAGCGGCACCAUGAACAAACAUUUUUUUUUUAUGUUGUUCAUCAAAUGAAGACCAAGGAGCGCUCCAAACAGGUCAGGGACAAAGUUGUGGAGAAGUACAGAUGAGGGUUGGGAUAUAUAAAAAUAUCAAACUUUGAACAUCCCACGGAGCACCAUUUUCUAAAUCCAUUAUUAAAAAAUGGAAAGAAUAUGGCACCACAACAAACCUUCCAAGAGAGGGCUGCCCACCAAAACUCACGGACAAGGCAAGGAGGGCAUUAAUCAGAGGCAACAGAGACCAAAGAUAACCCUGAAGGAGCUGCAAAGCUCCACAGCGGAGAUUGGAGUAUCUGUCCAUAGGACCACUUUAAGCCGUACUCUCCACAGAGCUGGGCUUUACGGGAGAGUGGCCAGAAAAAAGCCAUUGCUUAAUGAAAAAAAUAAGCAACCACGUUUGGUGUUUGCCAAAAGCCAUGUGGGAGACUCCCCAAACAUAUGGAAAAGGGUACUCUGGUCAGAUGAGAUAAAAUUGAGCUUUUUGGCCAUUAAGAAAAACGCAAUGUCUGGCGCAAACCCAACAGCUCUCAUCACCCCGAGGACACCAUCCCCACAGUGAAGCAUGGUGGUGGCAGCAUCAUGCUGUGGGGAUGUUUUUCAUCGGCAGGGACUGGGAAACUGGUCAGAAUUGAAGGAAUGAUGGCUGGCGUUAAAUACAGGAAAAUUAUUGAGGGAAACCUGUUUCAGUCUUCCAGAGAUUUGAGACUGGGACGGAGGUUCACCUUCCAGAAGGACAAUGACCCUAAGCAUACUGCUAAAGCAACACUCGAGUGGUUUAAGGGGAAACAUUGAAAUGUCUUGGAAUGGCCUAGUCAAAGCCCAGACCUAUGUGGUAUGACUUAAAGAUUGCUGUACACCAGCGGAACCCAUCCAACUUGAAAUACUUCAAAUCCCAGAGGCUAGAUGUGCCAAGCUUAUAGAGACCUACCCCAAGAGACUUGCAGCUGUAAUUGCGGGGGGGGGGGGGGGGGGGGGGGGGGGAGAGACUUGCAGCUGUAAUUGCGGGGGGGAGGGGGGUGAAUAAUUAUGCACACUCAAGUUUUCUGUUUUUUUGUCUUAUUUUUUGUUUGUUUCACACAAAACAUUUUUUUUUGCAUAUUCAAAGUGAUAGGCACGUUGUGUAAAUCAAAUGAUACAAUCCCCCAAAAAAUCAAUUUUAAUUCCAGGUUGUAAGGCAACAAAAUUGGAAAAAUGCCAAGGGGGAUGAAUACUUUCGCAAGCCACUGUAUGUGUUUUUUUGCACGGGCUGCGUCUCAAUCCAUCGCAUCCGCCGAUAUCGCCCUUCUGCAUCUGCGGUGAAAGGUGGCAGAGAGAGAGCGGUGUUUGUCAGACCAUGAGACAUCCCGGGAAAAUCAGUCUUCUCACAAAAACGUCUGUAGCGUCCAAACGGUUUAGCCUAUAAAACUAUUAUGACCACUCUAUUGAAAGCUGAAAGUCACGAACACAAUGGUUUUCUCCCUUUUGCAUGAAUGGAACUACGGUGCAUUCGGAAAUUAUUCAGACCACUUCACUUAUUCCACAUUUUGUUAACAGCUUUAAUUUAAAAUUGAUUAAAUGUUUUUUUCCCCUAAUCAAUCUACACACAAUACCCCAUAAUGACAAAACAAAAACUGUUUUUUAGAUCUUUUGCAAGUGUGUGUGUGUGUGUGUAUGUAUGUAUGUAUGUAUGUAUGUAUGUAUGUAUAUAUAUAUAUAUAUAUAUAUAUAUAUAUAUAUAUAUAUAUAUAUAUAUAUAUAUUGCUCAAAAAAAUAAAGGGAACACUAAAAUAACACAUCCUAGAUCUGAAUGAAUGAAAUAAUCUUAUUAAAUACUUUUUUCUUUACAUAGUUGAAUGUGCUGACAACAAAAUUAUCAAUGGAAAUCAAAUGUAUCAACCCAUGGAGGUCUGGAUUUGGAGUCACCCUCAAAAUUAAAGUGGAAAACCACACUACAGGCUGGUCCAACUUUGAUGUAAUGUCCUUAAAACAAGUCAAAAUGAGGCUCAGUAGUGUGUGUGGCCUCCACGUGCCUGUAUGACCUCCCUACAACGCCUGGGCAUGCUCCUGAUGAGGUGGUGGAUGGUCUCCUGAGGGAUCUCCUCCCAGACCUGGACUAAAGCAUCCGCCAACUCCUGGACAGUCUGUGGUGCAAUGUGGCGUUGCUGGAUGAAGCGAGACAUGAUGUCCCAGAUGUGCUCAAUUGGAUUCAGGUCUGGGGAACGGGCGGGCCAGUCCAUAGCAUCAAUGCCUUCCUCUUGCAGGAACUGCUGACACACUGCAGCCACAUGAGGUCUAGCAUUGUCUUGCAUUAGGAGGAACCCAGGGCCAACCGCACCAGCAUAUGGUCUCACAAGGGGUCUGAGGAUCUCAUCUCGGUACCUAAUGGCAGUCAGGCUACCUCUGGCGAGCACAUGGAGGGCUGUGCGGCCCCCCAAAGAAAUGCCACCCCACACCAUGACUGACCCACCGCCAAACCGAUCAUGCUGGAGGAUGUUGCAGGCAGCAGAACGUUCUCCACGGCGACUCCAGACUGUCACGUGCUCAGUGUGAACCUGCUUUCAUCUGUGAAGAGCACAGGGCGCCAGUGGCGAAUUUGCCAAUCUUGAUGUUCUCUGGCAAAUGCCAAAAGUCCUGCACGGUGUUGGGCUGUAAGCACAACCCCCACCUGUGGACGUCGGGCCCUCAUGGAGUCUGUUUCUGACCGUUUGAGCAGACACAUGCACAUUUGUGGCCUGCUGGAGGUCAUUUUACAGGGCUCUGGCAGUGCUGCUCCUGCUCCUCCUUGCACAAAGGCGGAGGUAGCAGUCCUGCUGCUGGGUUGUUGCCCUCCUACGGCCUCCUCCACGUCUCCUGAUGUACUGGCCUGUCUCCUGGUAGCGCCUCCAUGCUCUGGACACUACGCUGACAGACACAGCAAACCUUCUUGCCACAGCUUGCAUUGAUGUGCCAUCCUGGAUGAGCCGCACUAUCUGAGCCACUUGUGUGGUUUGUAGACUCCGUCUCAUGCUACCACUAGAGUGAAAGCACCGCCAGCAUUCAAAUGUGACCAAAACAUCAGCCAGAAAGCAUAGGAACUGAGAAGUGGUCUGUGGUCACCUGUAAAACCAGUCCUUUAUUGGGGGUGUCUUGCUAAUUGCCUAUAAUUUCCACCUGUUGUCUAUUCCAUUUGCACAACAGCAUGUGAAAUUUAUUGUCAAUCAGUUUUGCUUCCUAAGUGGACAGUUUGAUUUCACAGAAGUGUGAUUGACUUGGAGUUACAUUGUGUUGUUUAAGUGUUCCCUUUAUUUUUUUGAGCAGUAUAUGUAUGUGUGUGUGUAUGUGUGUAUGUGUGUGUAUAUAUAUAUACACACACACACACACAGUGGGAAGAACAAGUAUUUGAUACACUGCCGAUUUUGCAGGUUUUCCUACUUACAAAGCAUGUAGAGGUCUGUAAUUUUUAUCAUAGGUACACUUCAACUGUGAGAGACGGAAUCUAAAACAAAAAUCCAGAAAAUCACAUUGUAUGAUUUUUAAGUAAUUAAUUAGCAUUUUAUUGCAUGACAGAAGUAUUUGAUCACCUACCAACCAGUAAGAAUUCCGGCUCUCAUAGACCUGUUAGUUUUUCUUUAAGAAGCCCUCCUGUUCUCCACUCAUUACCUGUGUUAACUGCACCUGUUUGAACUCGUUACCUGAAUAAAAAAGCACCUGUCCACACACUCAAUCAAACAGACUCCAACCUCUCCACAAUGGCCAAGACCAGAGAGCUGUGUAAGGACAUCCGGGAUAAAAUUGUAGACCUGCACAAGGCUGGGAUGGGCUACAGGACAAUAGGCAAGCAGCUUGGUGAGAAGGCAACAACUGUUGGCGCAAAUAUUAGAAAAUGGAUAGAAGUUCAAGAUGACGGUCAAUCAACCUCGGUCUGGGGCUCCAUGCAAGAUCUCACCUCAUGGGGCAUCAAUGAUCAUGAGGAAGGUGAGGGAUCAGCCCAGAACUACACGGCAGGACCUGGUCAAUGACCUGAAGAGAGCUGGGACCACAGUCUCAAAGAAAACCAUUAGUAACACACUACGCUGUCAUGGAUUAAAAUCCUGCAGCGCACGCAAGGUCCCCCUGCUCAAGCCAGCGCAUGUCCAGGCCCAUCUGAAGUUUGCCAAUGACCAUCUGGAUGAUCCAGAGGAGGAAUGGGAGAAGGUCAAGUGGUCUGAUGAGACAAAAAUAAAGCUUUUUGGUCUAAACUCCACUCGCCGUGUUUGGAGGAAGAAGGAGGAUGAGUAUAACCACAAGAACACCAUCCCAACCGUGAAGCAUGGAGGUGGAAAAAUCAUUCUUUGGGGAUGCUUUUCUGCAAAGGGGACAGGACGACUGCACCGUAUUGAGGGGAGGAUGGAAGGGGCCAUGUAUCUCGAGAUCUUGGCCAACAACCUCCUUCCCUCAGUAAGAGCAUUGAAGAUGGGUCGUGGCUGGGUCUUCCAGCAUGGCAACGACAGGAAACACACAGCCAGGGCAACUAAGGAGUGGCUCCGUAAGAAGCAUCUCAAGGUCCUGGAGUGGCCUAGCCAGUCUCCAGACCUGAACCCAAUAGAAAAUCUUUGGAGGGAUCUGAAAAUCCGUAUUGCCCAGCGACAGCCCCGAAACCUGAAGGAUCUGGAGAUGGUUUGUAUGGAGGAGUGGGCCAAAAUCCCUGCUGCAGUGUGCGCAAACCUGGUCAAGACCUACAGGAAACGUAUGAUCUCUGUAAUUGCAAACAAAGGUUUCUGUACCAAAUAUUAAGUUCUGCUUUUCUGAUGUAUCAAAUACUUGUCAUGCAAUAAAAUGCAAAUUACUUACUUAAAAAUCAUACAAUUUGAUUUUCUGGAUUUUUGUUUUAGAUUCCGUCUCUCACAGUUGAAGUGUACCUAUGAUAAAAAUUACAGACCUCUACAUGCUUUGUAAGUAGGAAAACCUGCAAAAUCGGCAGUGUAUCAAAUACUUGUUCUCCUCACUGUGUGUGUGUGUGUGUGUGUGUGUGUGUGUGUAUAUAUAUAUAUAUCACAUUAUUCAUAAGUAUUCAGACCCUUUACUCAGUACUUUGUUGAAGCAUCUUUGGCAGAGACUACAGUCUCGAGUUCUUGGGUAUGAUGCUACAAGCUUGGCACACCUGUAUUUGGGGAGUUUCUCCCAUUCUUCUCUGCAGAUCCUCUCAAGCUCUGUCAGGUUGGAUGGGGAGCAUUGCUGCACAGCAAUUUUCAGGUCUCUCCAGAGAUGUUCAAUCGUGUUCAAGUCCGGACUCUGGCUGGGCCACUCAAGACAUUCAGAGACUUGUCCCUAAGCCACUCCUGCAUUGUCUUGGCUGUGUGCUUAGGGUCGUUUUCCUGUUGGAAGGUGAACCUUCGCCCCAGUCUGAGGUCACGAGUGCUCUCGAGCAGGUUUUCAUCAAGGGUCUCUCUGUACUUUGCUACGUUCAUUUUUCCCUCGUUCGUGACUAGUCUCACAGUCCCUGCCACUGAAAAACAUCCCCACAGCAUGAUGCUGCCACCACCAUGCUUCACCGUAGAGUUGGUGCCAGGUUUCCUCCAGACGUGACUUUGGCAUUCAGGCCAAAGAGUUCAAUCUUGGUUUCAUCAGACCAGAGAAUCUUGUUUCUCAUGGUCAGUGUCCUUUAGGUGCCUUUUGGCAAACUCCAAGCGGGCUAUCAUGUGCCCUUUACUGAGGAGUGGCUUCCGUGUGGCCACUCUAACAUAAAGGCCUGAUUGGUGUAGUGCUGCAGAGAUGGUUGUCCUUCUGGAAGGAUCUCCCAUCCCUACAGAGCUCUGUCAGAGUGACCAUCGGGUUCUUGGGCACCUCCCUGACCAAGGCCCUUCUCCCCCGAUUGCUCAGUUUGGAUGGGCGGCCAGCUCUAGGAAGAGUCUUGGUGUUUCCAAACGUCUUCCAUUUAAGAAUGAUGGAGGCCACUGUGUUCUUUGGAACCUCCAAUGCUGCAUAAAGGUUUUGGUACCCUUCCCCAGAUCUGUGCCUCGACACAACUUUGUCUCUGAGCUCUACAGACAAUUCCUUCAACCUCAUGGUUUGUUUUUUGCUCUGACAUGCACUGUCAACUGUGGGACCUUUAUAUAGACUGCUGUGUGCCUUUCCAAAUCAUGUCCAAUCAGUUGAAUUUACAACAGGUGUACUCAAAUCAAGUUGUAGAAACAUCUCAAGGAUGAUCAAUGGAAACAGGUUGCACCUGAGCUCAAUUUCGAGUCUCAUAGCAAAAGGUCUGAAUACUUAUGCAAAUAAGGUAUUUCUGUUAUUUUUAAUAAAUUAGCAAACAUUUCUAAAAACCUGUUUUCAUUUAGUCAUUAUGGGGAAUUUCGUGUAGAUAAAAAAAUUAAAUAAUCUAUUUUAGAAUAAGGCUGUAACGUAACAAAAUGUGGGAAAAGUCAAGGGGUUCGAAUGCACUGUAUAUAUGGAGAUGGUUUAGUGCCUAAAAUAAGGGGAUAAAUACAUGUACAAAAAAAUAUAUACUGGAAAUUAUCUCUGAUAUAGGACAGACACUUUAGAACAAACUUCCAUCUUAUAACAAUUCCAUAUGUUAGCUUAGAAGCCCCCCCCUCCCCCGGUUUAGACAGGGCCUAGACUCUAGAGGGUUAAGUGUUGUUGUGGACUUCGAACAUCCAAUAUUUGUAGUUUUUCUAUAAAGAAAAGUGUGAUUUUGAGAGUGAAAACCUGAAAGAAACUCAGAAACCUGGAAAAACAUAACCAGGAAAUCUGAAUUUACCAAAAGAUAAAACUGCUUUUAUAAGGGCACUACAACUGUAGUGACUGUUCAGAAUCGUUAACAAUAACACCCUUUUUCAGAUUGCGUAAAGGUUUUAUUUAUUUAUAAAGAUUUUUAGCCUGGUUCGGAAGGAAUCCAGGUACAUUAUGGGACACAGUUCAGGACAUUAUCACUGUGCAGCGGCGCAAAAUUGGUGCGACCAAACCAUAUGCUGAAAAAGUUGGUGCCACCAGUGAAUCAGACACACAGAAAAAAAUAUACACACACACAUUCUGUGGUGGGCUUCAGCAGAUGCAAGAGGGACUCUGAGAUCUUCUACUACUUCACCUCCUUCCUCUCACGACGUAGGCUAUCAUAUUACACACAUUCUGAGUUAGAGACUGAUACACAUGCAUACAGAUGUUCUACUACUUCACCUCUUUCCUCUUGCCAGAUACACACACACACACACACACACACACACACACACAAACACAAACACACUUUCUACUAUUUCACCCCUUUCCUCUCUCUUGUCUCUUGUAAUGUACGAAUGUAAUUCAGACUUGUGGAAUUUCUACAAAUAUACGGAAUUGAAAAAUUAAAAAUGACCUGUACCCCGCUCUCUUUCGUCCAGCCAUCAUCUAUCACUGUGACCUGACCAAGGAGCCCCUGCAGCCCCACGUGUUCCGGGAGGUCACCGUCAAGGGCUUUGACCCCUCUGACUACCAGACCACUCAGGUGAGAUACCUACAAUAUUACAUGUACAUGAUGACCUUUCAAAGGAUGGUAUGCUUUUCCAUACUGUACAAAUUAAAAAGAAAGUCACACACUCAUCUCUCCUUGCUGUGGAUUUAUUUGACCAACAUUUCGGCUAAAGAUUAAACGUUGGUCAAAUCUAUCCACAGGAAGGGGAGAUGAUUGUAACUUUUUCAUAUGCGUAGUGUAUUUUCUGUUAGUUAGCACCUCACCUAAAGGGUGUGUUCUUUAUUUUAUUUACUUCAUGCUUUUCUAUACUAACACAAAUCACCAGAAUUGACUGAUUCGAUGUGUGUGUUUUGUCACUUCAACAAACCUCUGUGUAAAUACGGAGUGUACUAAACAUUAGGAACACCCAAUAUUGAGUUGCACCCCAUUUUGCCCUCAGAACAGCCUCAAUACGUCGAGGCAUGGACUACAAGGUGUUGAAAGCAUUCCACAGGGAUGCUGGCCCAUGUUGACUCCAAUGCUUCCCACAGUUGUGUCAAGUUAGCUGGAUGUCCUUUGGGGGGUUGACCAUUCUUGAUACGCACGGGAAACUGUUGAGCGUGAAAAACCCAGCAGCGUUGCAGUUCUUGACACCCUCAAACUGCCCAUUCACCCUCUGAAUGGCACACAAUAACAAUCCAUGUCUCAAAGCUUAAAAAUCCUUAUUUUACCUUUCUCCUACCCUUCAUCUACACUGAUUGAAGUGGAUUUAACAAGUGACAUCAAUAAGGGAUCAUAGCUAUCACCUGGAUUCACCUGGUCAGUCUGUCAUGGAAAGAGCAUGUUUUCUGCACUCAGUGUGUAUUUGUGUCUCCAGGUAUUCUACCCCAGUAAGGAUGGCACUGAGAUCCCCAUGUUUAUCGUCCAUAAGAAGGGCCUGAAGUUGGACGGCUCUCACCCUGCCUUCCUCUACGGCUACGGAGGGUUCAACAUCUCCAUCACUCCCAGCUACAGGUAAAACCACAAGUCACACUGCUAGCUACAAGUACAACCACAAGUCAUACCAGUGUUUUCCAUAAGCGCUGUCCUUCGGCUAAAUAGACGAUAACAGACUCAUUGCUCUGCUGGCUACUUUUUCCACUUCGUUAAGGUGGUCACACCAAAAUAUGUUUAAAAACAAUUGAUAAAAUAUGUAAUUUGGCCUUUAUUACUAUAUUCCUUAGAAAUGCAUUGAAUAACACAUUCAUAAAUGUAAACAGUUCCCAAAAAAAUCAAUAAGGUUUUAAAGUGUCUGUCCUAUAUCUAGGAGUGAUAUAUGACCAAGCACCUCUUUUCGGUCUCAUGUAGCAACAUUUGAAAUGAUGGCCUCUGCAUGCCUCUGGAGGCUCCGCAAUUACGUCACACCCUCCAUACGGAGCCUCCGACCACAUUUUCAGAUCAAGCAUAAACUGGCUUUUAAGUGUCCACAGCAGCAGAGCCAAUAAAAUACAGAAUUUGAAGAACAAACAUCAUUGUGGCAAUUCAUAUCUUACAAGUCAUAUUUACAGUUUACUGCAUCUCAAGAGAAGAGGUUUAAUGUUAAAAAAAGGUUAUCUUACUUAGAAAAUAGUCCUGAUCAUAUAGUCCUAGACGAUAUCCAAAACUAACACACUGAAAUCAUACAUUUUCAGUCAUUUUAAUUGCAAAGUCAAGUCUUUCUAUCAAUACCACAACUAAAGUUGUGAAAUUAUUCAAUAAUUUAGCUGUAUAUUUCAGUUGGAAUCAAGGCAUUAGAAUGUACCAGAGGCCACCAAAUUAGAGCUCGUUCAAAUUGGAGCAAUUUCUUCCCCCGGACCCACCCAGCCUAGAACUCCCUGGUUGGCUACUUUUUCUAUUUGGCUGGCAUACUGGUAGCUACAGGUACAACCACAAGUCAUACUGCUAACUACAGGUAAAACCACCAAGUCAUACUGGAUCUAUUACCCAAUUUGUCUAUAUUCACUUAAAGUUGCUACAUUUACCAAUUUAGCUAGAUCUCUAUUUCUUCUUUUGAUUGCCUCAUGAAGUAAUGUUCCUUUACUUAGUGCUGAGCGAUUAGUGCUUUUUGAGGUCGGUUCGGUUUUGGUUUGAUUUUUAUUUAUUUAUAUAAUCACGGUUUUCAAAGUAAAAAGGCAUACUUUUAUGACUGCUGAAAACCAACUAUCAAUCACUUAGAUCAUGUAUUUUCAGGUAGAGAUACCUCACGAAGCAACAGCUGCUCUCUAUCCCGUCACGAUCGCUCAUUAUUUCGAUUUGGAUUAUUUUGUUAAAUAUUAAAUGCAUUUUGCAUUACAGUUGAAGUCGGAAGUUUACAUACAGUUAGGUUGGAGUCAUUAAAACUCAUUUUUCAACCACUCCACAAAUGUCUUGUUAACAAACUAUAGUUUUGGCAAGUCUGUUAGGACAUCUACUUUGUGCAUGACACAAGUAAUUUUUCCAACAAUUGUUUACAGACAGAUUAUUCACUGUAUCACAAUUCCAGUGGGUCAGAAGUUUACAUACACUAAGUUGACUGUGCCUUUAAACAACUUGGAAAAUUCCAGAAAAUGAUGUCAUGGCUUUAGAAGCUUCUGAUAGGCUAAUUUACAUAAUUUGAGUCAAUUGAAGGUAUACCUGUGGAUGUAUUUCAAGGCCUACCUUCAAACUCAGUGCCUCUUUGCUUGAUAUCAUGGGAAAAUCAAAAGAAAUCAGCCAAGACCUCAGAAAAAAAAAUUGUAGACCUCCAAAAGUCUGGUUCAUCCUUGGGAGCAAUUUCCAAACGCCUGAAGGUACCACGUUUAUCUGUACAAACAAUACUACGCAAGUAUAAACACCAUAGGACCACGCAGCCGUCAUAACGCUCAGGAAGGAGAUGCGUUCUGUCUCCUAGAGAUGAACGUGCGAAAAGUGAAAAUCAAUCCCAGAACAACAGCAAAGGACCUUGUGAAGAUGCUGGAGGAAACGGGUACAAAAGUAUCUAUAUCCACAGUAAAACAAGUCCUAUAUCGACAUAACCUGAAAGGCCGCUCAGCAAGGAAGAAACCACUGCUCCAAAACCGCCAUAAAAAAGCCAGACUACGGUUUGCAACUGCACAUGGGGACAAAGAUCGUACUUUUGGAGAAAUGUCCUCUGGUCUGAUGAAAAAAAAAAUAGAACUGUUUGCCCAUAAUGACCAUCGUUAUGUUUGUAGGAAAAAGGGGGACGCUUGCAAGCCGAAGAACACCAUCCCAACCGUGAAGCACGGGGGUGGCAGCAUCAUGUUGUGGGGGUGCUUUGCUGCAGGAGGGACUGGUGCACUUCACAAAAUAGAUGGCAUCAUGAGGAAGGAAAAUGAUGUGGAUAUAUUGAAGCAACAUCUCAAGACAUCAUUUACAUCAUUUAGCAGACGCUCUUAUCCAGAGCGACUUACAAAUUGGUACAUCAGUCAGGAAGUUAAAGCUUGGUCGCAAAUGGGUCUUCCAAAUGGACAAUGACCCCAAGCAUACUUCCAAAGUUGUGGCAAAAUGGCUUAAGGACAACAAAGUCAAGGUAUUGGAGUGGCCAUCACAAAGCCCUGACCUCAAUCCUAUAGAAAAUGUGUGGGCAGAACUGAAAAAGCGUGUGCGAGCAAGGAGGCCUACAAACUUGACUCAGUUACACCAGCUCUGUCAGGAGGAAUGGGCCAAAAUUCACCCAAUUUAUUGUGGGAAGCUUGUGGAACGCUACCCGAAACGUUUGACCCAAGUUAAACAAUUUAAAGGCAAUGCUACCAAAUACUAAUUAAGUGUAUGUAAACUUCUGACCCACUGGGAAUGUGAUGAAAGAAAUAAAAGCUGAAAUAAAUAGUUCUCUCUACUAUUAUUCUGACAUCCUAACUGACCUAAGACAGACAGGGAUUUUUUUACUAGGAUUAAAUGUCAGGAAUUGUGAAAAACAGAGUUUAAAUGAAUUUGGCUAAGGUGUAUGUAAAAGUCUGACUUCAACUGUAUGUGGGUUGAAUAUUGUAAAACAGAAAAAACAUGAAAACAGCCCCAGACCAUUAUUCAUCUUCUACUGGACUGCCAGAUGGUGAAGCGUGAUUCAUCACUCCAGAGAACGCGUUUCCACUGCUCCAGAGUCCCAAUGGCGGCGAGCUUUACACCAUUCCAGCCGACGCUUGGCAUUGCACAUAGUAAUCUUAGGCUUGUGUGCGGCUGCUCGGCCAUGGAAACCCAUUUCGUGAAGCUCCCCAUAAACAGUUUUUUUGCUGACGUUGCUUCCAGAGGCAGUUUUGAACUAGUGAGUGUUGCAACUGAGGACAGAUUAUUUUUACGUGCUACGCACUUCAGCACUCGGUGGUCCCGUUCUGUGAGCUUGUGUGGCCUACCAUUUCGCGGCUGAGCUGUUGUUGGUCCUAGACGUUUCCACUUCACAAUAACAGCACUUACAGUUGACCGGGGCAGCUCUAGCAGGGCAGAAAUUUGACGAACUGACUUGUUGGAAAGGGGGCAUCCUAUGACGGUGCCGCGUUGAAAGUCACUGAGCUCUUCAGUAAGGCCAUUCUAAUGCCAAUGUUUGCGUGGCUGUGUGCUCGGUUUUAUACACCUGUCAGCAACGGGUGUGGCUGAAAUAGCCGAAUCCACUAAUUUGAAGGGGUGUCCACAUACUUUUGUAUAUAUAGUGUACCUCGCAAAGCAACAGCUGCUCUCUUUAUCCCCCCACGAUCGCGCAUUCUGGAUUAUGGUCAUUGUAGUUAAUUACCACAUUUUAUAUGCUGAACUAUGUCAAAUAUUGGCCUGUUGGAAACUAUAACUCCCUACUACAUCGCACAGUUCAGGCUAGAACUGAUAUAUCUAGAGAAACCAUGCAAUGUGCGCUUUGAGUUCACAGAAAAAAAGGGUUAAUCGCUCAGCACUACCUUGACUACUAUAGAUAUAUCGUUGAUAUUUAAGGUAACAUUAUUUGCAGGCGAUAGUUACAUUUAGCUCCUUUUUGAAGGACUAAUAUAUCUUGGCCCUUCUACACAAUGCUUUCUAUCUACCUUGACUUGUUUAGACAGAGUAACAGGAUGUUAAGUAACAGGAUGUUAAAUGUUGUUUUUUCCAGUGUGUCACGGCUGAUCUUUGUCCGACACAUGGGAGGAGUCCUGGCGGUAGCCAACAUCAGAGGAGGAGGGGAGUAUGGAGAGACCUGGCACAAAGGUAACAGACACAGGUUGCCAGUCACUUGAGAGGAGAGGACUCCUGUUAUAGAUUCUGAUUCCUAAACUUUACACACACACACACACACUCUCACCCGCUCUGUCCCUGUGUGUGUGUUUCUUCAGCGGGCAUGCUGGCCAACAAGCAGAACUGCUUCACGGACUUCCAGUGUGCAGCAGAGUACCUCAUCAAGGAGGGCUACUCAUCCCCCUCCAAACUCACCAUCAACGGAGGCUCCAACGGGGGCCUGCUCGUAGGUAGGGCCCGCAAUGAUGACAUCACUAUAGUUUGUUGUUGAUGCUUUUAGUCAGUGAGCUCACACCCAGUCUGAAAACCAACCCUAGCACUGCCCUAACCUAACACAGUUUUGUUGACAUCCUCCUCACCUGUAUAUCUGUAUGUGUGUGUGUCUCUUGCUGCCUGCUAACCUUUUUGGUGUGUCCAACUUCUCACCUGUGUGUGUGUGUGUGUGUGUCUGUCCAUCCCUCUCCGUCCCCCAGCGGCGUGUGUGAACCAGCGGCCGGAGCUGUUUGGCUGUGCCGUGGCCCAGGUGGGCGUCAUGGACAUGCUCAAGUUCCACAAGUUCACUAUCGGCCACGCCUGGACCACCGACUUCGGCUGCUGCGAUGUCAAGGAACAGUUUGAUUGGCUCAUCAAGUGAGUGCUCCUCCUUGGUCAAAACCAUUCAUCUUGGGGCAACAGGGGAAGCGGGUUUGCAAAAUGCUAUCAUAUCAUGCAAUUAUACCGUUUAUAAAUUGGUCAGAUAUACACUGAGUAAACCAAACAUUAGGAACACCUUCGUAAUAUUGAGUUGCACCCCCCCUUCCCCUUUGCCUCAGAACAGCCUCAAUUUGUCUAGGCAUGGACUCUACAAGGUGUCGAAAUUGUUCCACAGGGAUGGUGGCCCAUGUUGACUCCAAUACUUCCCACAGUUGUGUCAAGUUGGCUGGAUGUCCUUUGGGUGGUGGACCAUUCUUAAUACAAACGGGAAACUGUUGAGCAUGAGAAACCCAGGCAGCAUUGCAGUUCUUGACACAAACCUUGUGUGCCUGGCACCUACUACCAUACCCCGUUCCAAGGCUGAAAAAUCCUUCUUUAACCUGUCUCCUCCUCUUCAUCUAAACUGAUUGAAGUUGAUUUAACAAGUGACAUCAAAAAGGGAUCAUAGCUUUCAACUGGUUUGACCAGUUUUCACCAGUCUGUCAUGGAAAGAGCAGGUGUACUUAAUGUUUUGUAUACUCAGUGUAUAGUCUCACAAUAGGGGUCGUCAUGUGUUAGUGUGAAAAUGUUUGUGUGCAGUCUGUUACUGUGUCUGUGAUGUUAGUUUAUCUGGGUGUAUUUUAGCCCCAAAAAUAUAAUCAAGCACACUGUAUUUUUAUGGGUAUGAUUUUUCCUGAUUAAUCAGGAACCCCUGCUUUUCUGACAUAACCUUCUAAUCAUACAUGAUACAUCAUUGAAAUGUACCUUUGGCCAAACCAAUCUUAUUUUUUCUGUUAUCAUCCCUAUUAUUUGCCUGCUAAUGAUGGUGAUUCACCCACAUGUGGAUGUGCAUUGACUUUGACCCAUGCCGCAAUCCUCUUUCCUGUCUCCUAAUGUCCCCCUCCUCUCUCCGCUCCGGCCAGAUACUCCCCGCUGCACAACAUUCACGUUCCCGAGUGCGAGGGCGUCCAGUACCCCUCAGUCCUCCUCCUCACGGGCGACCACGAUGACCGCGUUGUCCCCCUGCACUCCCUCAAGUAUAUCGCCACACUGCAGCACGUGGUGGGCCGCUGGGCGGGCCAGAGUAACCCGCUGUUCAUCCACGUGGACACCAAGUCGGGCCACGGUGCCGGCAAGCCCACCAGCAAGGUCAUCCAGGAGGUGGCUGACACGUACGCAUUCAUCGCCCGCUGCCUCAACAUCUCCUGGGUUAAAUGA